CAUUCAUUGUAUUGUGCUCAUGGAAAAGAAUGUCUAAUAUCUGAGUCCUGACAGAUAUUAGUUUCCAGACAUGGGUGACUGGUCUUACCUAUCCUCACUGCUAGACAAGGUUCAGUCUCACUCCACUGUAGUGGGGAAGAUCUGGAUGAGUGUCCUCUUCUUGUUCAGAAUCUUUGUCCUCGGUGCUGCUGCAGACAAAGUCUGGGGAGAUGAAGUGUCUGAAUUCUACUGUGACUCUCUAGAACCAGGUUGCGAACAUGCCUGCUACAACUGGAUGUUCCCAAUGUCCUACGUUCAUUACUGGGUCCUGCAGAUCAUCUUUGUGUCAACACCCACCCUGGUCUACCUGGGCCAUGCUGUUCACAUCAUUCACAAAGAGAAAAGGAUGAUAGAGCAGUUGCGGGGCAACACUAAUGGAAAUAUACUGAAGAAGCCCAAAUAUACAGAUGACAGAGGGAAGGUGAAGAUAAAAGGCAUCCUCUUUUGCACUUACAUGACCCAGCUGGUCCUUAAAGUCAUUCUAGAGGUGGGAUUCAGUGUGGGCCAGUUCUACAUCUUUGGACCUGUGUUCAUAGUCUCCUACUUCCACUGUACUAUCUCUCCACCUUGUGCUCAUCUCAGCGGUGCCCAGUGUUACAUUUCUCGUCCCACAGAGAAGACAAUCUUCAUCCUCUUCAUGCUUGUAGUUUCUGGCAUUUCGGUGCUCCUCAACAUCAUUGAAAUCAUCUACCUGCUCUGUAACAAGAGGAGAGACAGCAGGAAACAGAUGCUAGCUCAGCAGCAUGUGCUCAGUUCACAGAAGUACCCAUCCAACCCAGCAUGGGAGCCUAUGAGCAGCCAGUGUGGAGGCUUCCCACUGCUGCCUCUGCCUGCUCAGGGUGUGUCAGGCUUCUGCAGUGAUGAGAAAAACAUCGACUGCAUAAGUAAAGAGAAGGACACCUGAUACAUGAAUUAUACAUUAUACAAUGUUAGAUGUUCUUUUGCAUACUUCACUCUAAAAUGUUAACUGUUUCUUUUAUAUGGUCAAUAGUUGGAUCGUGUGAAAGGUUCUUAAUGAUUAAAUUACAUGUGCUUUGGGACAAUAAUGUUAAUAGUUUAGAAAUGACCUUUGCCGUAUUUUUUCCUCAACUGAAGUUCAACUGAAUAAAUUAAUUUACAAAAAUAAGUGUUCACCAUACUGCACUCUGAUUUGUCAAUAACACCAGUUCCCCUGUGUCAGACAUGGUGAGUAGAGGCUUUACAGUUAUAAUAAUGGACUGGACCAUCUGGAAGAAUUUCAGUCAUUCUCCAUUGAAAGUAUUAUUAUAUACAUCAUAAUAUGGCAUAUGUAUUGUAUUGACAAUAUGAGUUACAUUGUGCUGCAAAAAAUGUUCACAAUUUACAAUAAUUACUUAUUAUAAGUCUGUUGGAAUUAAUGUUGUAAAACAGCAGCUUUGAUGUGAACCCAGUUGUUGUAAACAGAUGACAGUAGCCAUUUUAAAAUGUAAUUAGAGAGUCCAGAGCACCUCCUCAGUGCGAUGAGACAGUAAAUUAUUGAUUCACAGUAGACUGACAAGUUGUAAGUUUGGUAAAUGACAAUGAUAGUGAGUGAUUAAACAAGUUCCAUUAGAUAAAGUCGUAAGGUGUG